AUGAUCAACCCAAAGAAACCACCCAAAGAAGGCACGAAAAGCGAAAAGUUCAUUCAUGAGGAAAAUAUACGAACGCUAAGGUUUUACCGUUAUCUAUUUCUUGCUUCUUAUGCUGUGUAUUUCUUGAUAACAUUGACAUUUUUCUGGUCAACAUUUACAAAGCGUUAUAUCGCUUUAUCAGUAGGAUGUUUCAGUGUAUGUUUAGCGGCGUAUAAAUUUAUGUCUUAUAUGGCUACACCAUCCUAUGCUGUCAAUGAACGUGGUACUCGCCAGUUGGUAGAUGCUGGAUUAGAUUUAAAUAUAGGAUCUGGUGGACUUGGAGAGCAUGCCAAGGACACAAUAAUCAUGUGCAGUCUAGUCACAGUGUUAAGUUUAAUUCAUCAAUACUUCUGGUUCCUGUUAUUAGUUAUUCCAGGACGAUUAUUCUAUGUCCUUUGGGUGAAUAUACUAGCCCCAUGGAUAUUUGAUCCAAAUCAACAACCACAAGUGAACGAGAAGAAACAAAAGAAAAUGGAGCGUAAAAUGAAACGUGUUGGUCAUUUGAUGCAUGGAUCAGAUCGAUCAGCUGGACGGGCUAAUUAAGGGUUGGAGGUGGGGGGCGGGGCCGGUUGGCGGUGACUUUUGUAGUUGGAGUGGAGAGAUGAAGGUGACAUAGUAUUACACUAGGAGUCUUGCCGUCUUAUCUAUUAUUGCCGCUAGUUUCUUCUCCUGCAAUUCUUCUUCAGUUUAACCUUUAUGGCGUGAUGAUCUGAGAUGUUUUACCUUUUUCUGAGUACUGUGUUCAAUUUAUUGGGGUUUAGUUUGUAGAUGUACAGUUUUCAAAGUGAUUGGAUUUCUUUCUCAUUCAUUAUCACCAUUAUUAUUAUUAUUACUACCACUACCUUCAUAGUGAAUAACAAUCUCAUUUUUGUGUUUAUGUGUAUGUAUAUAGUUACUUUCUGUUUGAGUGUAUGUUGGUUGACUGAGAGAGAGAGAGAGAGAGAGUGAGUACCUUUCAUCAGCUCUUCAUCGAUACAUCUUGCAAAGAAAAGCGUCUGACUACUUCAUAUUUAAAUCUUUUUAUUUACGCAUGUAAUAUGUUAUUUGAAUUCAUUUGUGAACAUAUAUAUUUUAAAGAA